AUGGUGAGACUAACUCCGAAGCAAGUGCAGUUCUUCCGAGACUACGGCUACCUCCAAGUGUCCGGCAUCUUCACCGAGCAGGAGUUAAAGGAGAUGUCUCGGGAGUACGACAGGCUGUUCCGAGAGAAAAAUAACCCUAAGAUGGAGACGUCGAGAAACUCAGCAAGGCUUCACUUUCAGGUCCUUUCCAUCCACAACUUGGAAUUCCACAGCAAGGUGUUCGGGAAGCUACUGAACAACGAGAACCUGCUGGAUGCGCUCCAGGGUGUGAUGGGCACGGCCAACAUUCUCCUCCACCACACCAAGGCGCACAACAAGCCUGCGAGGAAUGGAGCGCCUUGCCUCAUGCACCAGGACUACCACUACUUCCCUUUCAAGAACGACUCCAUGACCGCAGCAUUCAUCAACUUUGACGACGCUGUUCCCGAGAACGGCGGGCUGUGCAUCUAUCCCCGUUCGCAUAAGUUCGGCCCGCUGAAGGACGUCGGCACAAUUGAGAAAGGAGAGGCCUUCCAUUAUAUGGACCCAAAAGAAUGGCCAAUCGAUAAGGCCACGCCAGUCGUCACCAAGAGGGGGGAUGUCCUGUUCCUCUCAUACCUAACGCUGUACGGUAGCUAUCGUAAUCUCUCCGACCGCGUGCGCCGCAUGCUGCUUAUCCAGGUCUUCGCCGCCGACGAUGAGCCCAUCAAGGACACCCACAGGAGCCCGGGUCAAGGCCUGGUGCUCCGCGGCAGGAACGACCAGAGGGAAGCCAGUCACAUGUUCGUUACUAGUUAA